AUGGACUUCCGCUUCCUCGAUCUACCCGCCGACAUCAGGCUCAUGGUUUACGAAUUCCUACCGACAUGCCUUACGCACAACGAGAUCACCAUCGAGACGGAAAAUAAGAGCGGACCUCUUAAGACGAAAACCACGAAAGUCAAGCUCAUUAACAUUUGGUAUCCUACCACCGUACGCCUUAUCUCCAAGAUCAUCCGAGAAGAAGCUACACCGAUCAUUGCGCGCACUGCGGCGAAGCGCAAUAGCGCACUAGUAGCCCACGGCUUUUCCAAGGUGUCGCGAUCGGGCCCUAAACUCAUUGUUCUAUGUGGAGAUCUGGAAGUCAUUGCGCGCAAGCAAGGACCUCUUGAGGCAGCUUCGGAGUUUCUGACCUGCUCAUUCCGUGUCGCGACAAGUUACUCUGAUUCGCUCCUGCGUUGUGUUAUCGCCAUGUUGACCGACCAGCUGGAGGGUGUAGCAUGA